AUCUUCUCUCUCUUCUUUUCUCUCUCUUCAUCUUCUUCUUCUCUUCUUCUCCCGAUCUGAAACUCCAUUGCAGGCCUCGUGUUUAUAGGAACGGGUUUGGUUUCUCUGAUCCUUUUUUUCUAUUUUGUAUUAAUUAUUUUUUUAAUCUACUUUUCCCAAAUUACGCGAUCCAUUUAUUUCUCUCCCUCUUGGAAUUCUCUCAUCUACCGAUCCCAAUCCCGCCGGGAGGAUCUUCCUCCCUCGCCGGAAACUUCAUGAAUUCCGGAGGGAGGCUGUGAAUCGUCCGGCGAGGUUAGGAGGAGAAGGCACUGAAAACAUAGAUUCCUUGUUUGGGCAUAAUUAUGGAAACAUUUUUAAUGUAAAAGGUAGAUAGAUUAUUACACGAGGUUAACGUGCAAUGAGAGGAACAGGAGAUGUAAGCUACCAAGCGUUUGAAGCUCUAACACGGCACAGAUACCUAGAUCCCUUAUUCACUCUUCCUUGCCUUAUGGCGUAAUCCAUUCUAUUUCUCAAUCUCUCUCCAGAUCCUUAACCUUCAUUCACCAUUUCGUUUAAAUUCUCUCGCAUGUUCUUGUCAAAUCACGUUUCCUAACACCGCUCUCUACUUUCAACCGAAAAUAAAAAGCGGAACUCACUGAAAUUUGUUAAACUUGGAAUCCAAUUGUUUCUCUUGGGGCCACCAUGCCAUCGGAAAGAAUGGACUCAAAUGGUUUAUCAUCUUCUUUCUUCUCAGAGCACGUGCAUUUCCCUAAUGAGAGACAGGUGGGCUUUUGGAAGUCUGGAACCUCACCAGCCGACUACGCUUCUGCAGCAGCACAUAACAGUUCAAUUGUUUCAUCACCUUUGGAGUCUCAAGCACAUUCCUUUGGACAUCAUGAUCCACGCAUAAUCCAAAGCCCAAAAUUUGGACAUAGUUUGGAGAAACAUGCCGUGGGAGCAGAGAGAGCAGCUAUGAAGAGGCAUCUAGAUCUGAGUUCAGGAGCAAGAUCCAUCUUGAAGGCAGAUCCAUCAUCUUUCCCAAAGAAAGGUGAAGGAAAUCAUAUGAUGGGUGUGCAGCAGUAUGAGAAUGGACUGUUCUCAAGCUCAUUGUCCGAAUUAUUUAGCCGACACUGUCAUUUGAGGUUUCCUCAAGUUAACGCUUCUUAUGGUCAUUCAGCUGGUACUGCUGUGUCUCCCUAUGAUGAAGUAGAUCCAUUUGAAUCUCUUGAGGAGAUUGAGGCACAGACAAUUGGAAAUCUUCUCCCUGACGAUGAAGACUUACUUUCUGGUGUAACUGACGGACUUGACUAUGCAGCACAACACAAUGGUGGAGACGAUGCUGAAGAUUUAGACCUCUUUAACAGCGUUGGAGGUAUGGAUCUAGGAGAUGAUAACUUCCGUCUGGGAAAAAGUGACUUCAAUCUGGAGCAUUCUUCUAGGGAAAAUCCAUCUCGUACAUUGUUUGUUCGGAACAUAAACAGUAGCAUUGAAGACUCUGAAUUACAUACCCUUUUUGAGCAAUAUGGAGAUAUUCGCACUCUAUAUACCACAUGUAAAAAUAGGGGGUUUGUUAUGAUAUCAUAUUAUGAUAUAAGGGCGGCCAAAAAUGCAAUGAAAGCUCUUCAGCACAAACCGUUGAGGCAUAGGAAGCUCGACAUACACUUUUCCUUUCCAAAGGACAAUCCUUCGGAGAAAGAUGUAAAUCAAGGGACCCUCAUGAUUUCCAAUCUAGAUUCUUCUGUUUCAAAUGAGGAGAUAUGCCAGAUUUUCGGCGACUAUGGCGAGAUUAAAGAGAUCUACGAUGGUGCACACCAAAGCCAACACAAACUUAUUGAGUUUUACGAUGUUAGAGACGCAGAAGCUGCUCUUCAUGCACUAAACCAGAUUGACAUAGCUGGAAAGCUUAUUAAAGUUGAAACUAAACGUCAGGUUGAACAAGACGAAUCUAGUUUCUAUCUACAACUAAGUAACCUUGCAAAUAAUUCAGCAUUAACAAUGCCGGGAUCAUUUUUACAUCGGGGAAUGACAUCAUCUUCCAUGGAUAACGGAGCUCUCUCAGGAACACACUCAUCUAUUCAAUCCCCUUACAACCAAUUCCUGGAUAAUGCAUUCCGCCAUGGGAUCUCAUCUAGUGUUCCUAACUCCUUAAUGAAACUUGAUUCUAUUCGUCAGAGUCUUCCAAACAACAGCCCAACAUUGGGACAUAUGAAAUUUGAUUUCCAAGGUUCCCCAAAUUUGAGCUCUCAAAAUCUUCAUCCACACUCCCUGCCCGAGUAUCAUGACGGUUUCACCACCAACGCUUCCUGCAACUCUCCAAGCAUAGCGGCAAAUGUUAAUAUCAUUAGACCAGCUGAAAGGAUUGAAAACCUGCAUUUUUCUAGAUUAAGCUCAAAUCCACAUUCCAUCGAAAUGAAUGACACUGUGUUCAGUUCUUCUGCAAAUGGUGGAUCAUCAGCACCUCGAGGAUCUCCUUAUAUGUGGAGUAAUAAUUCCCCGCAAACUCAAGGAAUGAUGUGGCCUAACUCAUCAUCAUUCGUCAGUGGGUCCCGUGCCACUCAUCCUCAUGCACUUCCGAGAGCACAUAUGAUGAGUUCAAUUCUGCCUCCAAACCACCAUCAUCAUCAUGUUGGAUCAGCACCAUCUUCCAACCAUUCGAUUUGGGAAAGGCAAACUACUUAUGCAGGAGAUUCCCCAGAUGCUUCGGGUUUCCAUCCAGGUUCUCUUGGGAACUCGAGAAUGUCGGUUCCUCAAAACAUGUUUUCUCAUGUUGGUGGAAAUUACGUAGACCUACCCCUUCCCUCCCAGAAUGUCGGGCAUCCUCAGAGAUGUUUUAUGUUUCCUGGUAGAGGGCAAAUGGUGCCCAUGGCUAGUUCUUUUGAAUGUCUUAAUGAAAGGACUAGAAGCCGCAGAAGUGAAGGCUCUUCUAAUCAAAUUGACAACAAGAAACAAUUUGAACUUGACAUUGAUCGCAUUCUCGGAGGAGAAGACAUCAGGACUACUCUUAUGAUAAAGAACAUUCCUAACAAGUACACUUCCAAGAUGCUAUUAGCAGCAAUUGACGACCGUCAUCGAGGAACAUACGACUUCCUUUACUUACCCAUCGAUUUCAAGAAUAAAUGUAACGUGGGAUAUGCAUUUAUCAACAUGAUUGAUCCUUCUAUGAUUAUUCCCUUUUAUCAGGCAUUUAAUGGUAAGAAAUGGGAAAAAUUCAAUAGCGAAAAGGUGGCAUCACUUGCCUAUGGUCGUAUACAGGGGAAGCCAGCUCUUAUAGCUCAUUUCCAGAACUCAAGUUUGAUGAAUGAGGACAAACGCUGUCGCCCCAUUCUCUUCAAUACCGAGGGCCCCAAUGCUGGCGAUCAGGUUCCCUUUCCAAUGGGAGUUAACAUUCGAGCUAGGCCCAGCAAAAGCCGAGCUGGAACAAGCGAGGAAAACCAUCAAGAACAAGAAUCUUAUGUCAACAAUGAGCCACCAGUUCCAGUUCCAGGGUUCUAACUUCUAUUUGAAUUUAGGCAUGGCUAACAAGAAAAAAAAGAAAAAGAGUUACUUUUUUGCUGGUUCUUGAAUGGUUCGAAGAAUUGUGAAGGAAUUGACCAAAAAGAUGAAUCCCUUAUUUGCUUGGGGGAGUUUUGAAAAGUUAAUAUAAAAAAAAGAAAAGGUGAGAAAGGAGAAUCAAAAUUUUGGAUUGGGGUUUGACUUGUGAGAAGAAGGGGUGGAAGUUUUUAUCUAUAAAUAGACAUAUAGUAAGUGUUAUAUGUACAGGAGAUUUGUCAAGCUUUUAUGGAUCGGAGGAGGCCAAGAAACUUAAAAAAAAACACCCCACCCCUAUAUGGUCAUCCUUCGUUCCUUCCUUUCUUUUCUUCUUCUUGUUAUUGUUGUUGUUCUUCAUUUUGCUGUGCUAUAAUAAUAUAGAGGUUAUGAUUCCUGAGGCGGGCAGGGGAUGAAUUGAUGAAUUGACUCGAUUACAGACUGAGAAGAAGAAGUGUUGUUGUUGUUGUUUAAGUUUUUUGAGAUUUAAACAUGUUGUAUGUACCCAUGAUCAUUGAUGAUUACUGUAUUGUUCUAACAAUUUGAUUUGCUA